CCUCCCCCCGACCCUUCCGUACAUCCACAGCUUCAGUUAGCGCACACAUAGCGGAACACGUUUGGCGUGGCCUUGCUGGCACCUGAGCGACCCUUGGACCCUUCCUGUUGACAUCCCUGUACCUGAGGAUCUGCCAGCCCCUCCUCCCCAGAUGUAGAGGGAGUUGUAAUCUUCAGCAGCCGUGUACACAAUUCUUGCGCUGUCCAGUGAAGUUGCCCACCAUGCGCGAGUACAAGCUUGUGGUGCUGGGGUCGGGAGGCGUGGGAAAGUCUGCACUGACAGUCCAAUUUGUGCAAGGCAUUUUUGUGGAGAAGUAUGACCCCACAAUAGAAGACUCCUACAGAAAGCAAGUCGAGGUCGAUGGGCAGCAAUGUAUGCUUGAAAUCCUGGACACAGCUGGAACUGAACAGUUCACGGCCAUGAGGGACCUGUACAUGAAGAAUGGCCAGGGCUUUGCUUUGGUGUACUCCAUUACAGCGCAGUCGACAUUUAACGACCUGCAGGACCUCCGGGAGCAGAUCCUGCGAGUAAAGGACACAGAGGAUGUUCCCAUGAUCCUGGUGGGAAACAAGUGUGACCUGGAGGAUGAGCGUGUGGUCGGGAAGGAGCAGGGUCAGAACCUGGCCCGUCAGUGGAACAACUGUGCCUUUUUAGAGACUUCAGCUAAAUCAAAGAUCAACGUUAAUGAGAUUUUCUAUGAUCUGGUACGACAGAUCAACAGAAAAACACCGAUGGAAAAGAAGAAGACAAAAAAGAAGUCAAGUUGCACACUGCUCUAAAUUGCCAUCCCACGAUAGCUCCAGGCCAGAAACUUGUAAUGAUUAACUGUUUCCCAGUGGAUCGUGCCAGCAUUCCAAGUCCUCUCCGAAGCAUUUUGAAAAAGGCUGACAGAGAAAUUUCACCACUCGCAAAAUGGCAGGAGACGGCACAUACUCUCAAGAAACUCUUUCUUUCUGCUCUUUAAUGGCAAAGAUAUCCACCUCUUCUUUUUGUACUGUCAGCCUGAUGACAACUGUUUUGUUUUUGUUUUUGUCCUCUUCUCCAAGGUGUCUUUCUUUUUGGAAAUAUCAAUAUAAAAGAGGAGACCUUGGAUUUAUAUCCAUCUAUGGGAACUAAAAUGUUUUAUUAAAAGUAACAUCAGAUAUUUGACACAUUGUGACAAUGCGUUCGCAAAAGUAUCCAUGUGAAAUGUUGGUCUUCUUGUACAUUUCUGCACUAACAGUGUCAAUGAAGAUGCAUCAUUGUCCAUAAAUUACUCGCUCCUACUCACAAGGAUGUGUAUUGAUGAAAUAACAUCUUUCCUAAGUGACUUUGUUUUAUAUCGAGAGCUGCAAGCCUUCCAUAUUUCCCAUAAUAUAUUCUACUUCCAUUUUUGCAUAAUAAAGCUAAGGAAAUUAGUAUUUUAUAGACUGAUGGGGGAAAUGGUGCGUUCUGAUUUGUCUUGAGGCUGAAAAUAUAUUGUACUAAACCAACUCUAAUAUCGCUUCUUGUGUUACCCUGUCACAGAUGAUUUUCCAGCUUUUAUGAAUGAUUAAAUUUUAGUACAUUUUCA